UAAUUUAAUUAGUACUAUGUUUGACUUAUCUGUGGUUACAACGGAAGUAUCUUUGUUAAGCCGCCAAAGUCUGCUGGCCAUUUAACUGAUAACGGAUGUUCCCUGUUUAUGUUUCUGUGCCUCUGUCUGUUAACAUGGCAUUCAGUUUCUCCAUUAAUGCUUCCAUUUUACCUCAACACCAAGGAAAAGCGGGUUACAGGAACAGUAGAUGUCUUGAAAGUGUCAGAAACAUGGUGAGAAAAUUUGAGGUUCCUUCAGUUGUGUCUGCUCCACAGGAAUCCCUGCAAAAGGGCAACUGGGUCAAGCUCAUAUGCGGUGCAAGCUUUGAGGAUGCUGUUGAUAUCAGGAAUCUCUCUUUGGUUUACACUCUAGCCGGAGUUGAUUGCAUUGAUUGUGCUGCUGAUGAAUCAGUGGUUAGUGCUGUAAAUGAAGGUAUUGAAGCUGCAAUAGAAAUUGUUCACAUUCGAAGGCCUUGGGUAAUGAUUAGCGUUAAUGACGAUAAAGAUCUUCACUUUCGCAAAGCCGAAUUUGAUGCAGAGGAAUGUCCACCAGAUUGUUCAAGGCCCUGUGAAAAUGUUUGUCCUGCAGAUGCAAUAUCAUUAGAGGAAGACAAAUCACCAGCACAUUUCUCCUAUGGUACAAAAAUGCUAAAUGUGUUAAAGGGCGGAGUAAUCACUGAACGCUGUUAUGGCUGUGGCCGUUGCUUUCCCAUAUGCCCCUACGAUAAAAUAAGAGUGGCUACAUAUGUGAGAGAUGCUAUUGCUACUGCUGAACUUCUUAAAAGAAAUGAUGUUGAUGCCAUAGAGAUACAUACAAGUGGAAGGCAGAUGGCGUCCUUCAAGGAACUUUGGGAUGGCUUGGGAGACUCACUUGGAUGUCUGAAACUACUCGCAGUUAGCUUACCUUAUGCUGGGGAUGCAACUGUAUCUUCAAUGAACACUAUGUACUCAGUGAUGGAACCUCAGCUAAAAUGCCUCAAUUUAUGGCAGUUGGAUGGCCGUCCCAUGAGUGGAGAUAUUGGCCGAGGUACCACAAGGGAAUCAAUUGCAUUUGCUGUCCGUUUGGCUGCAGCCAACAGCAGGCCUCACGGUUUUUUUCAAUUGGCAGGCGGCACAAAUGCACAUACUGUUGAUGGACUAAAAAGAGAGGGACUUUUUCAAACAGCAGUAGUUGCUGGGAGCUCAAAAGAAAAUAAAUCAGUGGCUUCAUCACCUUGUUCCAAUUCUUUAAUUGGUGGGAUAGCUUAUGGUGGCUAUGCACGCAAGAUUGUUGGGAGGGUCUUAAGGUCCAUGCAAUCACAGCACGGCCUCGCUUGUAUUGAGGAUCAUCCAGAGCAUCUCUUAGAGGCGCUUACAGAAGCGCUUGGUUUGGUUGGAUCAGUAAAAUGUUAUGAUCCACUCCCGCAAGAUAGCUGAUGCAGCCUGAAUUAUCUGUUUUCUGCAAGAAUUCUCGUUUUCUAAAACUUCAAUAAAGUAAUACAUAUGGUUUUA